AUGGAGCCUUCGGGCGAGGAGCCGAAUGAUGAUGCAAAGGCGUCCAGCAAUGCGGAGUCUGUCGAGGACUAUGAAACCUUGAAAUAUCAACUGCUCGGACCGUCUUUGACCAAAGCGGGUCAGGAUGCCGUGGACCAGCGAAAGGUCUCGGAGAUUAUUUAUAAUGCCUCCAAAGGAUCCAAAUUCUUCAAUCAUGAGCAAAACCGAGACAAGGUCUUGACAGUCAAGAUUGAACGCAUCCUGAAAGAGAAAGCCCGUCUCGAGAAACUAGAUCUGUCGGCUGAUCUGCGACGCGCUGACCAGCUUCUUGCUGAGCUAGAACUGACGCGAGAUCUGUCGCAGCAUGUUGUUCACGUCGACUGUGAUGCUUUCUUUGCUGCAGUGGAAGAGCUCGACCGUCCAGAAUUGAAGACUGUCCCUAUGGCGGUCGGCAAGGGCGUGCUGACGACCUGCAACUAUGAGGCACGAAAGUUUGGCUGUCGGAGCGGCAUGGCAUCAUUCGUGGCGAAGAAACUGUGUCCUCAGCUGAUCUGUUUGCCUCAGAACUACGAAAAGUAUACUGCAAAGGCAAAGGAGAUCCGCGCCAUUUUCGCACAGUAUGAUCCUACAUUUGAGAGCGCUAGUAUUGACGAGGCUUAUCUCAAUCUGACUGCAUAUUGUACCGAAAAUGAGCUUGAUCCCGAGGAGGCGGUCCAGCGCAUGCGGGCAGAGGUCUUGGAAAAGACCAAGAUUUCAGUUUCUGCCGGCAUUGCGGCAAAUGCAAAAAUAGCCAAGAUCGCAUCCAACAAGAAUAAGCCGAACGGCCAAUUUUGCGUACCUAACGAGAGAGAAGCGAUCAUGAAGUUCAUGGAGGAGCUACCCGUCCGCAAGGUGAACGGUGUUGGUCGCGUCUUCGAACGUGAACUUGAUGCGAUCGGUAUUAAAACAUGCGGCGACAUUUAUCCGCAGCGUGCCAUUUUGACCAAGUUAUUCGGAGAAAAAGCGUUUCAUUUCUUGGUGCAAUGCUACCUCGGCUUAGGUAGAACGAAAAUCCAGCCAGUGGAGAAUUAUGAGCGCAAGAGUGUGGGAACUGAGAGGACGUUCCACGAGAUCGGGAAUAAAGAGGAGUUCAGAGCCAAGCUGUGGUCGAUAGCCGAGGAGCUUGAGAAAGAUCUGGCGCGAACUGAGUUCAAGGGGCGGACACUGGUUCUCAAAGUAAAGCUCGCUACAUUUGAGGUGUUGUCACGACAAUGCCAGCCUCCACGGGCGGUCUCGACUGCCAAAGAUCUGUAUGCGUUCUCACUUCCGAUGCUGGAGAAGCUUGAAAAGGAAAUGCCUGAUCUGAAAAUGCGCCUGCUUGGUCUCCGGUGCACCAACCUUGUGAGCACAAAGAAAGUUGGGAUCGAGCUCUUCGGCUUCACUUCGCGGCCGAAGCCUGCUUCAGACAUGUCGACCGAUCCUCCGGUUGAGCAGGAGAUCGAGACAGAGGAGGCCUUUGAGAAAGCGGCACGGGAGGAACUACAAGAGGAGCUCGAUGAUUUGGAGAAGCUGAGCCAGGAGGUAUCCGAGGCCGCAGAAUUGAAGCAGGAUGGGAAAGGAGUAGAUGCAUCGCAGCCUGUAUAUUGGGAUUGCCCGAUUUGUUCUCGACCUCAGGUGGCGGAAGAUCGUGCAUUCAAUGACCAUGUGGACUACUGCCUAUCACGACAGACGAUCAAGGAGGCUGUCCAAGGUGCCUCGAGUGAUGUUCCGCCUGAGCCUCUGGCUGCAUCGAAGACACGAAAGCGAAGAGCGACGGAAUCACCGGAUCCGCGACAAAAACGGUUGUUCUUUUCGUGA